AUGUCGCAGGAUCUUGUUUUAUUCAAUCUUCUCAAGAGCACGCUCGCUUUGCUGUUGGGUGACGAGACAAAUGUUGGUGAAAAUUGUGGGCAUUUGCUCACGGAACUGGACGAACGCAUCACACAACUUCGUAGUAGCGGCAUCAGUGACGAUCUCCGAACAAGUCUAACACAUCUAAGAACUGCAGUUGUAUCACUACGACCUUGCUUUGAGAAUCUUAAUGAUGGGGCACGAUCUUCUGCAGAGAAUUCAACCAAUCAAAACGAACUUCCAGAGGCAAAAAGCGACUUAACAGAGGUUUCAAAAGCAAAGAAGGAAGUCGCCAACUCUGAAACAGAUUUUCUGGUCCACGACAAAACGAAACAGCCUUGUAACUCACAAAAUUCCGACGUCAGACUUCAGAAAGAGGUCCGAGAAAUGGAGGCAAGCAAUGAUUUUAAAGAGGCCAUGGACUGUUUCCAAAAAUCAAAGAAGAUUUCAGCUAAGGUUUUCGAGGACGGAAGUGAAAGAGAAACUAAAAUCACGGCAACUAAGGUAUGCGUUAUCAGCGAAAUUUUUGGAAAUUUAGCCAAUCUCAAUAGUGCAGCCGAGAAAUGUAUGGAAUAUAUUUCGAAACUUAAUGAAAUUUUCAAUCUACAAAGUCUAAAAUCACCUUUCCCACUUUGGCACAACGUUCUGCGUUCUUGGAACCUGCAAAAAUUUUUCGAGUCCCCAGAAAGGGUUGGCUUGGAUUCAGCAAUGCACAUCAAUGUCGUAGUGUUUCGUUUCAUAAAGGAAUUUACCAGAAAACCAGUCGCUAUGUUGGAUUGGCCCAUGAUCGAUAUAGCCAGGGAAGAGACAUAUCAUCCAAUUUUAGGACAGCAGUCAUCAAGAACCAGCACCUCUGAUCCGUUUACGAUUAUCCAUCCCAACAAACUAUUGAUUGAUUUCCACGUUUCAGCCGUCAAUUGUAGUGGAGAGGCGUUUGCAAAAGGAGUGCCCGUCGCAGACGGAAGACAAUCGAUAGGUAUUAUUUACUUUCGAAUUCCUUCUAUAAUGAGGUUAUCAUUCACUGUAAAAGUAAAAAAAACUUUCGGCGCCGCAGAUGGUAUUGGUGGUCAAUCUGAUUAUCAGAGUGAGAACAUAAUGAGAAUUCUCUAAAAUUGUAUUCUUGGCGGUAAAAUAUGAAGCUAAAAUGAACAUGUUUUGUGAUUUGCUUCCAUGAACAAACCUGAUCAGUAUAUUGACUCGUUCUUUAGAAAAUUUAUUCUAUAGUUUCAUUGUUAUGUAUAUAAUCAGUCAAUCACAGAGCGUUUUUUUACAGCUUCAUGAUGACCCGUUCAUGGACGCAGAGAAACAAAAUAGAAACAUUUAGUUUUGUUGCUCGUUAGAUUGGUUAGAAUUGUCAAAACCUGGCCUCCAAAGUUGACCAUCAUCUGCGACCAAAACCCAACAAUUUAAUUAUAAGUGAAGUCACUUGCAUGGUUUGUCGAUGAGAAUUUCUAAUAAAUUGGAAAUAUAACCGCGUUAUCUCUCAGUCUUUAUUCGUAUCAUGAGGUUUUACAUUAUCUUUGGUUUAUGCUUUGUUUUAUAGGAAUUAUGAAAAUAAGUGAUCAUAGGAGAUAUGGUGUUGAUGACAAGCAUAAAAUAAAGAUAUUGAGUAUGUCUAUCGAUUGCGCUGAUUGCGAAACACCCAGUGAAAAUGUUGCAGAGCCCACUGCCAAUACACUGCAGUGCAAAGGUAAAAUGUACAUUCUAGCGUGCGCACAUAGAAAGUAUUUCCUUUAUGUCAUUGACAUGGAAGGAAACAUACAGCACAAAGAAGAACUGAAGUCGCUGGAUAGCAAGAAACUCGAACAGACUAAGAUUUUUUGCAUGAAACAGAAAAAGGUCAUUAUACUUGAUGUUACUGGAGACAACAUUGACAUACAUAUUUUUGAUGACAAAGGCAAAUAUUUGAAGACAAUCGAUAUGAUUGCACAUUUACCUUAUGCAGGUACUGUUUAUUUUAGCAAGCCCAAAAUUUUCACUAUUUCAUACAAUGGUGAAAUCGUUUGUUCUGAAGGACGAAGCAAACUCAAUGUUUAUAACAUUGAUGAAGAAGGCAGCUCUCUGGAGAACACACACGAAAUUAAACUAAAACAUGUGGUGCAAGCUGUAGCAUUCAACCACAACUUGGACGAGCUAAUAAUUUUAUGCCACACUUCAAUGUUAUUCGAAUAUCACUUGGUAACUUAUACGAAAUCUACAGGAGCUGAAUUAAAACAAGAUAUUAAGCUACAAAACGGUAAUUAUCAGGCAGCCGAAUUGAUUUUUCACAAAAGUGGUCCAGUAGUACUGCUUGACGAGCAUAAAUUACUUCAUUUAAAGUAA